AUUUUCAUGUUACGUGUAUGUGACAUGACAAUUUGAUAUGAUAUGAAGAUAUUUUCAUUUAAAAUCCUGAUUUAAUGAUUUCAUAAUUCAAGUUUAAUGUCUACAACAAAUAUGGCAGCGACAGAUGAUGCAAAAUUUGAUUUCAAAGUUACGAUGGAAUAUGCUGACCCUCAGAAUAUUGAAGGUGAGCUGACAGUGGGAGGCAAACAAAAAUCAAAUCUUGGAGAACCUGAAUUUAAUACUUUGGAUGAACCAAUCAGAGAUACGAUUCUCAGGGAUGUACGAGCAGUGGGCAAAAAAUUUUAUCAUGUUUUAUAUCCAAAAGAAAAGAAGAGCUUAUUAAAGGAGUGGGAUCUAUGGGGACCACUAGUAUUAUGUACAUUCAUGGCAAUGAUAUUACAAGGUUCUUCUGAUACAGCGAAUAAUUUUAAUGAUGGGGGACCAGAGUUUGCAGAAGUUUUUGUUAUUGUAUGGAUUGGAUCUAUGGUUGUUACUUUGAACUCCAAAUUAUUAGGUGGCAACAUAUCUUUCUUCCAAAGUAUUUGUGUCUUAGGAUAUUGCUUGUUGCCAACUGCCAUUGCUCUAAUUUUAUGCAGAAUCAUAUUAAUGGCAGAACAGACUACUUUCUUAUUUAGUUUAAGAUUUAUUAUUACUAUGAUUGGAUUCAUAUGGGCAACAUAUGCAUCAAUGGCAUUUCUCGGUGACAGUCAACCAGUAGGGAGGAAAGCUUUAGCUGUGUAUCCAAUAUUUUUAUUCUAUUUUGUAAUUUCCUGGUUGGUUAUAUCUCAUACCACAUAAGACAGAAUGUAAGUUGAUUAUAAUAAGAAGACUGUACAUUGUUCCAUAUUUGUGCACAAAGUAAAGCUGAAAUUGCAAAUUGAGCAAAACAUUGCUUACAUUGUACUUUGAAAUUCAUUAAAUUUAAGCAUAUGUCACGAGUCAGAAAUUGUAGAUAAAAUUUAUUGCUGUA